ACUCUUUUACUUUACAUUUCCCCUUAAUAUUAAUUGUUAUUUCGGUUAUUUUAAUUAUCACUGCAUAGUCAUGAAACAUGAUGUUUUUUGUGAAAAUAGUUUGUUUAACAAUUUUAUUAACUGCAAUAAUUGUAACGGGAAGAAUACACAAAUUGCCUCUUUUGGAUGAUGAACGCCAUUAUGUGGAUUUGACUACAUUUGGAUUUUUUCAAGGCGGAGUUCUCGAUGUACGCAUGCUUAAUUUUAAGUUACCUUCAGGACCUAUUUUAGGGGAGUAUGGAUUCACUUUGGAUAGAACUGCAAAUGAUGCUAUAAACCCUUAUUUAGAAGCACACUCUGAUACUUGUUUUCUCAAAGAGAGUGUCAAUAGCGUUGUAUCACCAAAACAUCCAUCUAUUGUCUUCCUAAAAAUGGAUUUUGUUAAUUCUAGGUUAAAUAUCUCUUGCAAGGGUGAAAUAACCGCAUUACAUCUAUAUCAAAACCGGACUGCAAUACCUACAGAUCGUGCCAAGAGACAAUCUCAAUAUUUGUUUAUUAAUCGAAAAAGGAGUGUUCCAAGAGAUGCUGAACAAAGUGAUAAGAACUAUGUAACACAGUGUUCAAAUGCUGUACUGCCAAUAACAAAAGAAUCUCACGGAGGAUAUGAUUAUUACAAUACUAGUUUUGCAAUGUAUGUGGCGUCUGAUAAUGAAGAAGGACUGUACAACUUAUAUUUUCAUAAUUGCCCAGGAAAAGAAGAUCCUCCUGCUAUAAAUGUUAUGUUGGAGAUAUAUGAGAGCAAUGAUGGAAACUUCCUAUCAGCAGGCGAAAUGCCUUUACCAGCUUUAUACAGUAUGAUGUCAAUUAUUUUCUUCUUGAGUGCUGGCUUUUGGACGUUUAUCUUGAAGACAAGCAGACACACUGUGUAUAGAAUUCACAUUAUAAUGUGUGUUCUUGUAUAUCUUAAGGCACUCUCAUUAGCUUUUCAUGCCAUAAACUAUCAUUUCAUACAGACAAGAGGUGAACAUGUAACAACAUGGGCGAUACUGUAUUAUAUUACACAUUUAUUAAAAGGUGCCGUGUUAUUUGUGACAAUUGUCCUUGUAGGCACCGGUUGGAAUUUUAUUAAGCACAUACUGGCUGAUAGAGACAAAAAGUUAUUCAUGAUUGUAAUACCAUUGCAGGUGGUUGCGAAUGUGGCUGAGAUAAUAAUAGCGGAGAGUGAGGAGGGAGCGGCAGAGCACAAUACAUGGCGAUAUCUUUUCAUCUUUGUUGAUCUGCUUUGCUGUGGCGCCAUAUUGUUUCCUGUUGUAUGGUCAAUACGUCAUUUGCAAGACGCUUCCACCACAGAUGGUAAAGCGGCUAUCAAUCUUCGUAAACUGAAAUUGUUCCGCCAUUUCUAUGUAAUGGUCGUCUGCUACAUAUACUUCACGAGGAUAGUUGUUUCACUCCUUAAAAUCUUAGUGCCAUUUCAAUACUCUUGGAUUGAUGAGAUGUUCCAUGAAAUUGCGACAUUUGUGUUCUUUGUGAUGACUGGCUACAAAUUCAGACCUGCCGCUGCUAACCCAUACUUUACACCUAAUUAUGAUGAUGUCGAACCAGAAGUGUUAACAGAAAUUGGUAUUUUGGAUGGUGUAACACGUGUACCGAAUAGAGAGAAGAAGCGUGAAGAUAUGCAGCCUCUGAUGCAGGAGACCAAUUAUAACUCGGAUUAAUUAUAACAUUUCAAUUACUUGUAUUAGUUUCUAUAAUAUACACU